AUGGAUGCGAGCAACUACGAGGAUGUUUUCAGUUCUACUACGAACUGGAGAAUCGCCGGCGGCGGCCUCACAGACUCCAUCUCCUUUGAGUCCUCCUCUUCUCCUUCCGACGGAAUCAUCCCCUCCGCCGUCGAUCAUGUGGCCAAGUCCCCGCUGCUUCUGCUCCCUCCAUUUCCCAAUGGCGAGCCUUGUGAAAUUACGYGUACGGUGGUGCUUCUUCUUCCCCUCUUUAUUCCAUCGGUAGAGCUAUACUAUGAAAUUGGUGGGAAUUAUCGUGAGCAUGAAUUAAGGCAAGUCUAUAUCCGUAGUACUGCACGGGUCUACGAAGUAUAUUACACCCAAAAGCGGGGGAAUGACAGAGAAUACCUGUGUACAGUUCGAUGUGGCAUUGCAGCGAGAGAAGAAGACGAAGAGGAACUGCUUCAGAUCCCUCGCACUGACUCACCUUCUAAGACUCAAGUGGAACCGGUAAAGGAUCCUAUCGAGAGGAGGGUAAAAGACAAUGGCAGUGGACGGGCUAACGAAGAUGAUUGGGUUGAAGUGAAAGCUGGCGAUGAUUCUCUGCUGAAUAAUGAAAAAUAUCUGCUUCAAAUACCACAAUUAGGAAAUCAGGAUUUUUUUGAAGCUACUGCAGAGAUCAAUGAUGCAGAACCUUGCAUCUCCAUUACACUCCGUCUUCUCUCCCUUCAGGAUAAAGGAUGUGCACUUGUUGAUGAAAUUUAUUUAUUUGCUGAUCCUAUUGAUCAAAGUGAGUUAGAGUGGGACGAAGCAAGUGGAGCAGCAAAUUCAUCCAGUAUUUCGCUGAUGGCCAUGUUUAUGCCAACUCUUUUGCAGCUGUCUCUAGGAAAAGAUGUCAGAAAGGAACGCGAUGGACAAGUUUCCGACAAGUCCUACAGUACGAUGAUUCCAGGAAAUUUGGGAAAUUCAAAUGGUUCUGAUAAGAUUGCGAAUGAAAUUCAGCAAGAGAUAAAAUCCUGUAAAACUGAUCACAAAGGAGUGAGCUCACCAGUGGUAGUUGAUACUCUUGCAAGGCAUGUUGAUGCAACACGAGUAUCAUUAGCAGAAAUCAAUCCUGAUACGUCUUGCAAUAACGUGGAGACUAUCCUGGAUCAGCUUGUUAAUAAGGUAAGCCGGAUAGAAACUAUCUUGACAAGAUUUGAAAAUCAGAUGUUGAGACCUAUCAAUAGUAUUGAUGCAAGACUCCAGCUAGUAGAGAAAAAACUUGAACAGCUAGGCAAGAAAUCACUUGAAUCUGUAUUGUAUGUGGAAACAGAAAUACCCAAUCCAGAUUCUCUGGGCAGUGAUACAGAUAAAACGCCUGAAACCAGUGAGUUGGAUGGACUGACCAAAAACACGGACAAUCCACAAUUGGCCUCUUCUUCUUUAACAGUUGUCCCUGACUCCUCUAGAAUAGACAACAGUGAAGAUUAUGCUGUUGUACUACCAAACAAGCUGGAUAAUAUUUUUACAAAGUUCAUAGAACAGGGGAGUGAAAAUAACUCAACCUCAGGAAACGAGGUGAUUUCUGCUGAAUCUGAGAUCAGUAGUGAGGAGGUUGGCCAGUCAUUUGGGAGAGGAGCUGCGGAAAAGAAUCCAAAACAUUCGCUGUCUAUAAAUGAUGCUUUAGCAUCUGCACUUGCUGGGUUAUUGUCUUCAACUUCAGUCACGGAUGGAAAACACAGACAAGCCUUCGUAAUUACAGCCCCUGAAUUUUCCAAUGGAGAUGACAUGGAGAUGGAAAAGAAACCUCUGACUGGUACGCAUCCAGACGAAAGCCAAGUUACAGCAGAGGAGUUUAAAGACCGACAAUCUGUGUUGGACAGCCCAAUCUCUUCACGGGAAGAGCUGAAAAUUACUCUAUUUGCUGAAGACAAUUCUCAAGAAAUGGGUAAUGGAGUUUCUGAAAAGUUACGUGAUAGUUUGGGAGGAUAUGACGAGGCCAAGACAGUGACUAGAGUCAGAAAGGAUGAUCUAGAUAAAGAGGCGGUGACAUCAAGCACAAAAACGGAUUGUUACAUAGAAAGGGAGAACUUGAGUUAUGAGCCCGGGAACCCCGAUUGCUUGGUUCACGAGCUUGAGAAUCCAAAUGUAAUCACUGGUUGUGGAAGUUCUAGGUUAAUCAAUGAAGGAGAGCCUGGAGUGGAUGAUGACUUGAAGAGCGUUCUCGGUUUUCAACCUACUACUUGUUCAGUCGAUUUCCAAACUCCUAUUCUAGACGUGAAAUUUAAUCCAGAGAAAAAAGUCUCAGAGAACAAGUGCUUCUUCGAGUCACUUCUCACCGCAGAAUCUAAGACCGUUGUAGAUUGCAACAAGGACGCAUUUGAUGAUAACUUGGUGUCAGUGGAUGAUGAAGAACUAAACGGCCCACCAAUAGAUACUCUUUCGUCUGUGGAGAUCGUUCACUAUGAGCCGAACGAGAUGAUGCAUCUACAGUUGAAUGCAGACAUAUCAACAGCAAGUCUGAUAUAA